AUGAUUCAUUCGAUGAGUAUGUUCUUCCCUUCUCAUCAUCAUAAGAUAGUCAAAUCAUUCUCGAUCAAUCAAUCAUCUUUGCUCGUAUCGAUUCAUGUAGCUGAAUGGAUCAAUAAUAAUAACAUUGCUUACAAUAUUCCUGAUCCCGAUUGUACUGGAGUAUUUAAUCUAUGUACAGAUGUUGAUAAGGAACGACUUGGUCGUCAAGCGAUUAAGGCAAUUCAUGAACAAAUGGAUGAUGAUAAAGAUGGACUGAUCGAAGCAUCGGAGAGUCGUGAUUUUAUUCAUGAAGAACUGGAGUCUAAAACUGAUUCUGUUCGACAUCGUCGAUUUCAAAAAGCGGAUCUACAAAUCACCAUUGAAGACUUAUGGACACAAUGGAAGGGCAAUCCUGUUUAUAAUUGGACUAAUGAUGACGUUGUUCAUUGGCUUGUGAAUCAUGUUCAACUUUCGAUUUACGCGGAAUACUUUCGUCGAAAUCAAAUCGAUGGUCGAAUGAUACCAAGAUUAGCAGCGAAUGAAAAACAGUAUCUGUCAACAAUUAUGCAAAUACGUGAUCCCCGACAUAAACGUCGUCUGAUAAUCAAAGCGACGGAUAUUGUUCUAUUCGGUCCACCACGACGUACCCAUAAUUUCAUUAAAGAUAUGAUUCUCAUAUGUGCUUUGCUGAUAUCGAUUGCUGCUUGCCUGUAUGCAUUCAUUCGGCAUCGAAAAACACAAGAAAGUAUGCAUGUGAUGAUGAAAGAAUUGGAAACGUUACAACAAGCUGAAGGCGAUUUAAUUGCUGUAACGGGAAAGAUGAAAGCAAUGGAGAAUGAAUUACAAGACAAAGCGAAAGUUGAUCGAGGAUUACUAAAUUCUUGGUUUGUUGAAGUACAACGAACGAAAGAAGAAGCAGAUAAAUGUCGAAAGCGACGUGAUACAACAUUCGAAGUCGAUAAACAAUUUCGGCUAGCCAUUCAAGAAAUUGAACAGUUACGAAUUGCUUUACGAAAAGCAGAAGAACAUGCUCGUCAUCAGUCAUAUGAAGCACCGGCGGAGUUAAUCGAUUUACUCAAACGUACAUAUCAUAAUGAAGAAGCUGCUUUCGAAACAAAACGUAAAUUAGCUGAAAAUGCGAUGCUCACUGCAAAAGAACAGAUGAACAAAAUUACCAAAAUGCAAAAAGGCUUCUUCGGAGCUGUUCGCAUAGCUCAUACAGGUUGCAUGGACAACAUAGGUGAAUUAAUCAAUUCAGCAAAGGAACGCUUAGCAGAAGUUCAUGAUGAAUAUGAAGAACGUGAAAGACGUUGGCAUAAGAUUGCAUCACUACUCGAUCGGGAAGAUUUGAUUAAUCUAUCAACUGACUCAAUCAAUCGAUCAAAGCCGAUUUCAUCAGAGUCAAUGGGUUUAAUCAACACAAACAAUGAGUCCACAAUUAUCAGUAAAGCCAACAGUACUUUGAACACUCGUGUUAUAUCAAUGAACUCGCUACUUCCAACUCAAGUCUCUCAACAGGAUACUAUAAGUCAAUCAGAUAGUGGCAUCGAACCAUCGAACUCAUCAUCUGUGACGCUCAAACGACGUGCAAUAAUGAAUAAUCGUUCAUCUCAAAACCCGCCUGUUUCUCAAGCCAGUUCAACGAAUGGUAAUCUUGAUUCUCAUCUAAGUUCAACUUCAACAGAUCGGCAAAACUCCUAUGAAUUGUUAAAUAGUUCUUCGUUAUCUAAACAAACUAAAUCUUUAUUUCAAGGUAUACCUGAUUCUCAAAUGGAUAAUAAUGAUUCCAUAUCAGAUGAUCAACAGCAACAUAUGCAACAUGAUCGAAAUUAUCAAUAUGCUCAUGAAUCAUCGAAUGAUGAAGGUCAUUCAUCGUCAUCACCAGAGAAAAUUCGCAAACCGAUAUCAACUAAACUUUUGAGACCUUUUCAAAAUAUCCGUUUUAGAAAAAAAACUAGCAAUUCAUGA